AUGACGAAUUCGAAUCCAUUCCAGAAUGCAUAUUUUGAGCGGUUGGUAGAUUUCCCCGUUGUAAUCUGCCGUGAAUGCCAGUAUGGUGUAUGGCCAAGCCAGAUUGAAGGUCAUUUACAGCAUGCCCACCAUUAUAUAUCGCCGGUGAUCCGGAUUCAACUUGGAGACGAGGUCCGUGGCUGGCCCGAGAUUGCCAUAGAUCCCAUCGAGUUGGAUAUUCCACCCAUCCGAAGCCAGGCUAUCCCCCAGCUGAUCGGUCCAUUAGACGGUUGGCAGUGCCAAUUAUCACCGGGAUCAUGUUUAUAUGUAUGCCCCAGUAUCAGUACCAUGCGGCAACAUUGGUUCAAACAACAUGGUUGGAGCCGGACCUCCCACGUCGGUCAUCCGACUCGAUCCACCAUGCAGACCAUCCUGGCACGGCAGGAACAGGCAUGUCGACAGGUUCGAUGCCAGCGAAUCUUCCCCCGGAAGAUGGGGUCCCAGUAUUUCGCUAUUAUUGAUGACAAAGAGGACUCCCAUCCCAUUCCCACCGCAUCCAGAUCCACGAUUUGGGAACAAGCCAGCCGGCAGUACGCCGAGUACGAGAAGCAAGCCGCGGAGCGGAUUCAACAGGGCCAUGUGGAUGAAGCCAAUCCGUGGCUCCGUCGGACGGGCUGGGUGCCGUAUUUGCACUCAUUUUCCAGCACCCAGCUGUUGGAAUAUAUCGACAUGCCCGCUAUGGAUGACCAAAUAGAUCAAUCCCCCAUUGCCGAUCCCAAUGAACGUGCCAUCCAGGCUAUAUGGAUAGCCAUGGGCCAGGUGGGACAGAUCAGCCAGCAGUCCGUCAUCCACACUGGCGUGUUUGUGCGCAUGGAAGCCAUCCGGACAGAACAACAUCAAACCCGGUAUCAGCCACUGGAGGCAUAUCAGGAUCUGGAGACGAUACCAGAGCGCAUUCGUCCAUGGCAGCAGAUAUUGAUGUUUUUUUGGCGGACACAGCAAUGUGCAUCUGACAAGAGACAUCCCCCAUAUCGAUUCACCCAACGACAACACGCCGCGUGGAAUCGACUGGUGCAGGUUGCUCGUCCCCGGAUCCCACCCCGGAGUUCGGGACGGUCGAUGGUCUUGCAACCUGGACAGCGGCGCCCAUGGGAACUCAGCCCAUCGCCCAUAUCCAGCGAGUCGUCCCACUCCGAAGACGAAUCAUUCACCGACGAUGAUGAGAUGGAUGAGGAGAUCCACGAGGAUCCCGAGCUAGAUCCCAAGCUGGAUCCCGCUCCACAGAGCGCCAUUCCACCAUUAACCCCCCUCCAGCGGGCGUGUUUGGACUUUUGCAUCGAGCUGUUGAACCAGCGUGUGGUACACCGGGAAUACGACUGCGCAUUGGUGUGUGCCAUGGCGGUGUUGGGCGUUCGCGAUCGAGGUGGAUGGCGGACCCCGGAGGAUUACCCGCCCAUUUUGUCCAAAGUGAUCAAACUGGCCCGGUUCAUGGUGGUCCGGAAAGCCAUGGAACUGGCGGAGAACGAGGACGACGCUGAACCCGCCAGUUCCAUGCAGGAGAACGACUGGGACAGGUGUUUGCAGUGGGUGACGCAGAUGAUGGACCGGUUUAUGGUGCGUGGAUCCCAGAGCCCAAUGCAGUGGAUGUUGGAUUUACGGACGUAUGGGUUGAAGAUCCAUUACAACACCACCACGGAGGGCCAUGUGACGUGGCAGAAUAGUGAUGAGCUGUUAUAUAAAGAUGUCAAAUUUACAAUGCGGCAGUUCCGUGGCAUGGUCGACCACACGGUACGGGAUGCACGGCGGAUCUUGAUGGAGGAUUUGCUGCAAUGCGCCCCCGAUCAGGUGCCCGUGAUUCCAUGGGAUCAGCUAUAUGAUAACCCGUUCAAUGAGGACCCCCAAUGGAGUUUUGUGCAGGAUCCGCGGACCCCAUGGCCCGUCGAUGGCACCGGCUGGCUAUGGCAGCAUAUCCAGGAUCAUCCCCCAUUAUGCCGUCGAUUGAUCCAGGCCGACGGCCACGGCAUUCAGCCCAUCCGCUGGCAGGCAUUCCACCGACGGAUCCGCACGUUUUUGGAGAAGCUGCUGGCGGCGGUCCAAUUCACAUGGGGCCAACCCGCUCGUGCCCCGGAGUUGUUGAGCAUUCGACAUGAGAAUAGCCACGUUGGUGGGAUCCGGAACAUGUUCAUUGAGGACGGCAUGGUGGUAUUGGUGGCGCGGUAUCAUAAAGGAUAUCAGGUGAGUGGCGACGUCAAGAUCAUCCAUCGAUAUUUACCACGAGAGGUGGGUGAGCUCCUGGUAUGGUAUUUAUGGCUGGUAUUGCCAUUUCAACGGCGCAUCGACGCGUGGAUGCAUCAGCGGGAGGACAUCAAUCCCCAUAUCUGGGCCUCCGCGCCGUGGGAACCCACAUGGACCUCGGAACGGGUGCGGCGGAUAUUACAACGGGAGAGCACUGUGGGAUUGUCCGGGCAGACAUUGAAUAUUGCAUCGUACCGUGAGAUUGCCAUUGCAAUCAGCCGCCGAUAUAUGCGAGCAGAACGGGCAUUUGUUCGCCGUGACCCCCAUUCCACCACGGAGGAUGAUUUGCAUGAGGAUGAGGCCCAGAUCAUAGCCCGGAUGAUGGAUGAGCAGGCUGGACACAGCCCCCACGUGGCGGGAGCUGUAUAUGCGCGGGAAACCACCGAACGAGCUGGCGAAGUGGCCGAUCGACGACAACGAUUCCGGCAAAGCAGCCAGGAAUGGCACCAGUUUUUAGGAUUUGCAUCCGCCAUCCAAUCACUGCGUUCCCGCAUGAUCACCCCAUUCCAGGACACGGCCCAGGCUAGUCAGAUCGAGCGAUGGAGCCAUACCCGAGCCAUGGAUCUCGACGAGUCAUUACAGCAGAUGAUGGGACCAUCCGCCACGUUUCGUGGGACCCAGAAAGCCGUGAUUCAGUCCAUCGUCCAGCGGCAGAGUCCCAUUGUCGCCAUUAUGCCCACGGGCGCGGGGAAGAGUUUAUUGUUCAUGUUGCCCGCAUGGAUGAGUCAUGGGGGCACCACCAUUGUGGUCGUUCCAUUGGUGGCAUUACGUGCCGAUCUCCAACAACGAUGCCAGACCUUGGGCAUCUCCUGUGUGGAAUGGGAUUCGCGACGUCCCGUCGAUGGAGCAUCGAUUGUAUUGGUGACGCCGGAAUCCGCGGUGAGCGAGAGAUUCCAGACCUUUAUUAACCGGAAGCAGUGGACCAAGGAGCUGGACCGCAUUGUGAUCGACGAAUGCCACAUCAUAUUACAGGAAGGAUACCAGUUCCGGAAGCAGAUGGCGCAGCUGGGUGCAUUGGUCCGCGCGGAGACCCAACUCAUGUUAUUAACCGCCACCUUGCCCCGUGAAAGCGAAGCAUUGUUAUGCCAGCGGAUGUAUUUAGAUUCCCCCACGAUCCAGUGGUUCCGCGGCCGGACCAGCCGGACCAACGUGGCAUAUCAAGUGAUCGAGAUUGGCGCCGGUGAGCCAUCUUGUGAUAUAAGCGAGCUGAUGAUUACGUGGAUUCAGCAGCGCGUUCAGCAGCUCCACGAGGGGAAAGUGGUCAUAUAUGCCAAUACGAUUGCCACCGUCCAGCGGAUUGCCCAUCAACUGCAAUGUCCCGCUUAUUACAGCCAGGCGGUGGAUAAAAAGGGGAUGUUAGCAUCAUUCCAGAAGCAGAAUCCCGGGGUGAUCGUGGCCACGAGUGCGUUGGGAAUGGGGAUUGAUAUCCCCGAUAUCCGGCUGGUGAUCCACAUGGGCCGGACGCGGUCCUUGUUGGAUUAUGGACAGGAAAGUGGACGAGCCGGACGCGAUGGGGCCGCCAGCCAGGCGAUCAUGUUAAUCGAUGGCCACGGAGCGGGUUGGGGGGAUCCGCCCACGGUGGAUUCGCGGGUGGAGGAAUACCUUGGCGGUGGUUGUCGACGGCGGGCAUUAGAUAUAUAUUUAGACGGGACGGUGGAUGGAUAUACACGGCAGCAGUGUGAGGACGCUGAGGCGAUAUGUGACCAGUGUCAGAGUAGUAUAGAUCCCAAUCCCGCCAGUCCGAAUGCCAGUCCCAAUGGCUGGCUGAGUGCCCGCGAGAAUAACAGACAGGAAGCCAGUGAUUCGGCCAGUGAUUCGGCCAGUGAUUCGGCCAGUGAUUCGGCCAGUGAUUCGGCCAGUGAUUCGGCCAGUGAUUCGGCCAGUGAUUCGGCCAGUGAUUCGGCCAGUGAUUCGGCCAGUGAUCCAGCCGCCAGUGGUUCGGCCAGUGAUCCAGCCAGUGAUCCAGCCAGUGAUUCGGCCAGUGAUCCAGCCAGUGAUCCAGCCAGUGGUUCGGCCAGUGAUCCAGCCAGUGAUCCAGCCAGUGAUUCGGCCAGUGAUUCGGCCAGUGAUUCGGCCAGUGAUCCAGGCAGAGAUCCAGCCAGUGAUUCGGCCAGUGAUCCAGGCAGAGAUCCAGCCAGUGAUCCAGCCAGUCAUCCAGCCAGUCAUCCAGCCAGUCAUUCAGCCAGUCAUUCAGCCAUCCAUGACAGACCAAACGGCUGCCCAAAGAACCGCCCAAGGACCAGCCAUUUCACCAGUCCCAACAGCCACCAUAUCGCCAUUCCCACACCAUCACCCGGUCCACGCAAACGCGCCAUUUCCCACCAUUCCAUCCCCCCCAUGGCCAAACGUCGGGCCCAUCCCAUAUUCCCGUCGACGGCAUAUUACCAGGGGCCCAUGCAACGACAGACGCAGCACGCGGAGGCGGAUGGACAGGAAAUCGAGUCCAUCCGGGAACCGUUUGACCGGUGGGCCGGGCAAUGUCGAUUAUGCGGGAUGACAGGGCAACCAGCGCACCAUAGGAUUGGCAAUUGUCCCCAUCCACAGGCACAGAUUGCGCAGUCAUGGAUGGACCAGGUGAUCGAACAGGUGGUCCAUCAGCCACGGGGGGCCGGACGGCGAGGGUAUGAGGCAUAUGCGGCAUGUUUUGGAUGCCAUUCCCCGCAGUGGAUUUGCCAACAGUGGGAGAGCAACGGCUACGGUGGUUACCAGAAGACGCACGAGCGGUGUCAAUAUCCCCAUGUGGCGAUUCCGAUCAUGGGACAGUUAUUGCAUGGACCGCAGCGGCAUUCAAUCCGUGUAGCAUGGCAACAGCGAAUGCAGGCCCAGUUCCCCGGGGUGGACAUUGACGAUGAGCGAGGGUUGAUUGGACAUUUCCAACGGCGAUUUGGGCGACGUGGUGAGGAGCGCAGCGGAUUGGUGGUAGAGAUGAAUUGGAUGUGUGAAUUUAUCGAGCGGGAAUUCCCCGCGUGA